GGCGGCGCUCGGCUGGGUGUUCGUGGUGGACACGCUCAACUUCUCCUUCUGGGCGGAUGAGGAGGAGCGCAAGUGCCUGGGAUACCCAUAACGAGUGCCUCCUACUAUGCCACCGUGACCCUGGACCAGGUUCGUCACAUAUUUCGUUCUGACACCGACGUCCCCAUGCCCUUGAUGGAAGAUAGACAUCGUGUUCUCAAUGAGGCAGGGAGAAUUCUGUUGGAGAAGUUUGGGGGCUCUUUCCUUAACUGCGUCCAAAAGAGUGAAAAAAGCGCGCAGAAGUUAAUGCAUCUGGUUGUUGAAAAUUUUCCUUCUUACAGAGAUGUGACUGAGUUUGAGGGGAAAAGAGUUUCUUUUUACAAACGAGCCCAGAUCCUUGUGGCGGACACCUGGAGUGUGUUAGAGGGCAGAGGGGACGGAUGUUUUGCAGAUAUCUCCAGCAUUACCAUGUUUGCUGACUACCGCCUGCCGCAGGUCCUUGCCCACCUGGGAGCCCUCAAGUACUCUGAUGAACUGCUGCAGAAGCUCCACCGAGGAGAAAUGCUAUCAUAUGGGGAUAAGCAAGAGGUGGAGAUCAGAGGGUGCUCACUUUGGUGUGUUGAGCUGAUCCGGGAUUGUCUUCUGGAGCUUAUUGAAAAACAGAGUGAAAAGCCCCAUGGUGAGAUCAACUCCGUCCUUCUGGAUUAUUACCUAUGGGACUAUGCCCGGGACCACAGGGACGACAUGAAGGGGAUUCCGUUCCAUCGCACACGCUGCAUAUACUACUGACCCAGCUGGGACCUGACCCAGACCCCUGUGUUGGUAGCAAACCAGUGAUCAUAGAACCAUCUGUUCUGCUUGGCUUUGGUAGUAGGAGAAGGUGGUAGAAAUUAUAGGAACAAAAGAGUUGAUUAUCCAGUUUCACUUUAAAAAUUUUUUCUUGAGCCAGGUGUAGCGGUUUACCCAGCUCCUUAGAAGUCUGAGGGAGAGGGAUCUCCAGGUCAGUAGGCAUCACAGAGAGACCCAUCUCCAAAAACUGUUUUUCUUGCCAUAGUAACUUCUGUCUUUAUCCUUCAUUUACUUAUUUAGUCUUGACUGUACUUCCCCUUUCUGUGGACACAGAGUUGACCAAAGUAACAGGAACUCUUGCUUAAGUGCUAGAUUUUAAAAAAUUAUGCCUAUGAGUGUGUGUGUGUGUGUGUGUGUGUGUGUGUGUGUGUUUCAU